CUGGGUGCCGAGUCGGCGGCGGCCGCACCGGCGGCCCGGCGUCUGUCCUCGUGGCGCCGUCGUAUUCCCGCCGCGGCCCGCUCCCUGCCCGGCCAUGCCGCCGCCCGCGCCGCCCACCGUGCUGGUGCCGUCGGAGCGCGCCGUGGUGCUGCUGUCGUGCGUGCUGUCCGCGCUCGGCUCGGGCCUGCUGGUGGCCACGCACGCCCUGUGGCCCGACCUGCGCAGCCGAGCGCGGCGCCUGCUGCUCUUCCUGUCGCUGGCCGACCUGCUGUCGGCCGCCUCCUACUUCUACGGGGUGCUGCAGGACUUCUCGGGCCCCUCGUGGGACUGCGUGCUGCAGGGCGCGCUCUCCACCUUCGCCAACACCAGCUCCUUCUUCUGGACCGUGGCCAUCGCCCUCUACCUGUACCUCAGCAUUGUCCGCACCACGCGCGGACCCCGGUACGGCCGCCUGCUCUGGGCCUUCCACGUCGUCAGCUGGGGGGUUCCACUGGCCAUCACCGUGGCAGCUGUCGCUCUAAAGAAGAUCGGCUACGACGCCUCGGACGUGUCCGUGGGCUGGUGCUGGAUCGACCUGGAGGCGGAGGACCACGUUCUGUGGAUGCUGCUGACCGGGAAGCUGUGGGAGAUGCUGGCCUACGUCACGCUACCCGUGCUCUACCUCCUCGUCAGGAAGCACAUAAACAGGGCGCACCAGGCGCUCUCCGAGUACCGGCCCAUCCUGUCGGAGGUGCACCGACUUCAGCAUCACAGCUCCAUGGCUGAUAAGAAGCUGGUUCUCAUCCCGCUCAUCUUCAUUUGCCUUCGGGUCUGGAGCACUGUGCGCUUCGUCCUGACCCUCUGCGGCUCCCCGGCCGUGCAGACCCCGGUGUUGGUUGUUCUGCACGGCAUCGGGAACACGUUUCAGGGAGGCGCCAACUGCAUCAUGUUCGUCCUCUGCACCCGCGCGGUCCGGACACGGCUCUUCUCUCGCUGCUGCUGCUGCUGCCCUGCCCAGCUGCCCGCGGAGACCCCCACCAGCCUGCCCCAGGCUCCUGCCCCCUCCAGGGCGCGAGACUCGGGGACCCAGGUGGACCCCGACGAACUUCCACACACCUGAGCACUUUGCCUGGCUCUGUGUGGGGCUGCCCUGGACAGACGGGGCUGAGUCCUGCUGCAGGGAGUGGGCAGGGACGUCUGCGGCGGGCAGCCUGCCUUAUUCUGUGGGAGCUCUUGAUGCCCGUCGAGGGGCAGCCACAAGCUCCGCUUCUUCUACCUCCGAGACCCUCAGGCGGCACGUGUCCUCACACCCGUGACCCGCUGCCCUCGGGCGACCGUCUGCUUGAGGGUUGGCAGGGAGACUCAGGGAACCGGUGGUACGUGGUCACUGCCGGGUUGCCUUGUGGUCCAGCGGUCCUCGGCCUCCGGACCACACAGCACUGUUUACAACGUGCGGCUCCACAGCUGUGGGAAAAGCAUGACGAGCUGUGUACACCAGGGACCCACCCUAAAUAAAAUGUCUCUGGUACCCCCACCUAGUAUCUUGGAGCAGACUCCCAGUUUGCCGGGUGCUGACCUUCCCCGGAGGGCCUGGCUCUUCUGGGAGAGUCUGCUAGUCAACAGGAGCCUGUUCCCGCCAACAGGCUCCCUGGAGGGUUCCUGGUGGCCGCCACGCGCACAGCCCAGCACGGCUGCUCCGGCAGCCGGUCUCCGCGGACGCUCCCCAGCUCUGGGCUGCCCACCUGUGGUGCAGAUCGCAUUUGAGUUUCAAGCACAGGCCAGAAUCCAGGCUCCUGCCUGCACCAGGCACAUCAGAUACAGGCUUCUCGUCCAGCGCAGUGUCGGGCCAGGGAGAAGAAAGGCCGUGGCGGGGACCCCCUGCGGCGGGGACCCCCUGCGAGGCCUCGUCUCGGGUCUGUGCUGUGAAGGCUGCUUGGGGCUGCAUCCGGAUGGGGUCUGGCCUGUUCACCUCCUAGUUUUGUUUUUUUUUUUAGGAAAGGCAACCACCAAUGGUCCACAUACUGACUCCUCCCCAAAGGUGAAGCUUUGGGAGUUGGCCGGGGGAAGUGACA